ACAGACAGUAAGACCCCUUCUAAGUCCUCAGCCUCAGCCUACCAGCUCACCCUCGACACCUGCACUAAAGGGGUAAUCAAACAGGUGAUCUCGGUGCUGAGGGUGGACACUUCAAAGGAAGACUGCUCCGCUUCCGUUGGGGAGAGCACGUCAAAUCAUCCUUCGACUUCAACCAGAAGUUGGACUCGAUAAUUUCGAAAUUGGAGGACCUCACCAUUUCGAGUGAUGUGACGUCAGCCGAGAUUGCCACACUCACGCGAUCUCUUAGUGCAGCCAGCAGAACCUCUAACAUUUCCAUCCAGAGCUUUCACAGUGCUGAGUUCCGAGCUAAGGCCAAACACAUUGUGAGUGAGACCAUUCUCAGAGCUGCUAGCAAAGCCAGCCAUUCUUUGCUACAGAGCAUGCCUAGCACCACCUUCUCACACCAUGCGGUUUCUACAGCCGAAGAUAUAGUAAAUAUUAUCAUGCAAGACCUUGAAAGUGUAUCCCAGUACACUGUGGACGACGCAGACUCCUUCCCACUAGGAGAGAAAAAGCUGGAGUUCCAGCUCAAACCCAGAGUUGUCUUUGACAACUUAUUGGAUGCUGCUCAAACCAUGUACCACAGAGUAAAGGAUAGACUGAACAUCUUUUUCUCUUUUCCACCAGUGUCAGUCACCACAGCCAAAUAUGUGCUGGACUCCACCCCUGUGGAGACACUCAGACGUUCUAAGUCCGCUGACACUGCUCUUGUUGAGGACAGGAGCCGCCCUCCGUCUGUGAGAAGUGAGAAGCCUUUGUCAAAAGUCUGUUUGGCUAAAAGGUCUAAAACCCUUCUGUCUUCGAGUGGCUCUUCAACAGACCACCAUGUAAUUGACACAUGCAGUGAGGAUGUCACUCUGCCCACCAGGAGUAUGUCAGUUGUGAGCAACAACAGUUUGAAGAGAGCCUCUCCUCUCCACGGCAGUGGAUUGAGUGAAAGUUGCAAACCUCUUGUGGCUCUAAAAGACGUAACAGUGGCAGUCAGCCAAGAAGGCUUUAGCAAAACUGCAAAGAAGACGCUCAGCUUGAUCCUAAAUGUGAUCAAGUGUAGAGUGGCCAACUCUGAGAGUUCAUCUGUUGGGCAGAUUGCAAGUGAGGAGUGUCUGAUAGCCACUAACAUGUUAGACUCUGUACUGGAGAGCCUUGACCAGUUGCCUGACAUGAGCGCUGCCGAUGAGAUCACAAGGACAGAAUCCCAUACCUCUAUCGCAAUGGACGAGACAGGUUCACGGUCAACGCUUGUGAGCCAACAAGAAAUAAACAUAUCUGACACCAAUAUCAUAGUGAAAACUAUAAUGGACACAUUGAAGACGGACGACCCAGAGAUGACUUCAGCAGAAGAACAUCUGGAUAGGCUCCUGUCAGUUGAAGCCCUUCAAGGUGCAUCUGGCAACCUGAUCACAAAGGUCCAUGGUCUCAUUCAGGAGAUAACCAUAAACCGCCAGCUUCAAUCCAUGGUUGGCCACAGAAGCCUCUCUCAACCAGCGCUGCCUAAACCAGCCCUGAGGAAGCUGUCAAAGGACGAUGCCUCAGAGCUCAUUUACAACUUUGCCCAGACUUCUGUUAGGAGACUCCUGGGGCAGUGUAUGGGAAGGCCUAUGCCACCAUCGGCUGAAAUGGUUUUGGAUCAGGUCAUCAAGUUGAUGACAGACGUGGUGAUGGACAGCCUGACUUAUGUGUCCAAGUCUACAAUGGAGGAUGUUAUUGUACACAGGUCGGUCACACUAGCGUGCUCUUCUCACUCAGACACCAGCAAUGCCACAAGUGACAUCACUCAUGGUGUUGUAGCUGACCUUAAUGCUACUGAGGAAUUCCCUGCCAGGAGCCUUAGCCCGGCUGAUGUAAAGGCUGACGGCAUGGCCCGCCUUCCCUCUGCCAGAGGGGAAGAGACUAAGAAGAACAGGAAGUGGCGUUUCCUACCGAAAAUGCAUAAGUUUCCAAAGAUCAUGAUUAAGCUGUUCAAGACAAAAGGGGAACCGAAGAGACACCCUAAACAGGAUGCACUGCCUACCAAACGUCUCAGAGAGACUCAUAUUUCACAGGAUGCUGAGUGUGAGGUUCCAGAGGUUCCAUCCACUUCCCCUCCCAAGGAGGACCUGACAACCACACCGGCCCCUGCUCCCCAGGAGUCCCAGUCCCGUAAACACCCACUCAUAGUCAGGGUGUUACACGCUCUCUCCAGAGCCAUCUCCAAACCAUUCAGAGGAGCUUCUGGGAAGAAGAAUUAGCCAAAUGCCUGAUUUUAUUAAUAUGAUAUUUUAAUCAGAGCCUUUAUUUAAUAAAACAUUACUGCAUUGA